AUGAGUGACGCAAAUCUGUACUCUGAAACCUUCAAAGUGACAGAGACUGACGCCGCAGAUACAAAGUAUGACCGAGUGCUUCGCCUGACUCUUCUAAAUGAUUCCGGCGACACUGAGAUGAAACUCGACGUAAACAGCGAAUUACUUCAGUGCAAUAUUGGCGAGCGAGUACAAGUCUUACUCAGCUCAACAUUAUCACUGGAUGGCAGUAAAGACGAUGGAAAAGGAUGGAGGGACGUUGGCAGAGGAGAACCUAGCGUUGCCGACGACUACGACUACGUUUGCCAUGGGAAAGUUUAUCGCUUCGAUGAGGGCAAGGGUGACAAAUUGUAUGUCAAAAUAAACGCAAAGGACUUUGUUCCCUAG